CUCAAGAGUCUCCUCCACUUUAGUUUCUUAAUCCAUUUCUUUGCCAUCACAUCCUACUAGCAGUACUUUCAUUACAUGCUAGCGUGUACCAGCCUGCCACUUGGGAAUUACUGACGAAAUACCUUCAUUGUUGUCCAAAUUCCACCUUCUUAGUGGUAGUGGUUGCUAUAAUCUCUUAAAUCUUACUUUCCCCAUAAAUACAGCAUGUCUGGGUUGUAUUGUCUGAAGGCUUCUCAAUGCACUAGCCUUACAGAGCUUCCAUUCUUAUUACCGUCUCCCCAGAGAUCUGAGACAAUGUCUGUGCUUGUAGGCUUUCUUAUACUUACAGCUAAAGUAUUUGGCUACAUCAUCCAUGCUCUGCUUCGGUGGGUAAAGAAACCUGUAGAGAAAAGAGUCGCUAAUGAAAUCUGCCUGAUAACAGGUGCGGCCAGCCCAACUGGCAUUGGGAGGUUUUUUGCACUGGAAUUUGCCCGACGAGGAGCAACACUUGUUUUGUGGGAUAUAGAUACCGAAGGCAAUGAAAACGCAGCCAGGGAAGUUCGCAAGCUGGGAGCGAAGGCUUACAUUUAUACUUGCGAUGUGGGCCGGAAGGAAGAAGUCUAUAGCGUUGCCGAGUAUGUGAGAAAGGACGUGGGCAAUGUCACAAUCCUGGUCAACAAUGCUGGCAUUGUAGCUGGAAAGCCCAUCUUACAGUGUCCUGACGAACUGCUGGAAAGAACCAUGAGGACUAACUGCCAUGCUCACUUUUGGACAGUCAAGGCUUUUCUUCCACAAAUGAUCGAGAGAGAUCACGGCCACAUUGUGACAGUUGCAGGAUCAUUUGGACUUUUUGCAACAGGUUGUCUGGAGGGUUACUGCGCUAGCAAGUUUGCCGUGGUUGGAUUCCAUGAAGCUCUGAGCCAUGAGCUGAAAGCCAAAAGAGUCAGUGGUGUGAAGACUACCCUCGUUUGUCCAUAUUUCACAGACACUGGCAUGUUCCAUGGCUGUAGAAUCAGGCAAGAACUGGAAGCCCUACUUUCUCCCUUAAGGCCAGACCAGUUUGUGAAAUCAGCAAUGCACAGAAUACUUCAGAAUCAGCAUGUGAUCUACGUCCCCAGAAUGCUGUACCUUGUGGCCAUUUUAAAAAAUCUCCUUCCUUGGGAUGUUCAAGUUCUUAUUCAAAAAGUCCUGGGACUGGACAAAUGUAUUCCACAAAAAGCUAAAUAAACUAUCACCAUUAAGCGGCUGGAAGGUGAAAAGGAUGAAAAGUGUUGUCCUUUUGUAUCACAGCUUCGAUAGCAAGAUUUCCGAUUCUAAAUGCAGGCAAAAAGGACAGAUGAAAUCAGAGUUUGGCAUUCAAGAUUCACUGGAAUAUUCUGGUUUUGCACAGGUAACGUACAUGCAAGGGCUCUCUUUGUGAGCAUUUAUGCCUUUGGCUAUUGAACAAUUGCUGGAGAAUCUCUUUCAACAUUCAGUGUUCAGAAAGAUCAAAUGAUACAGCAGGUAGAAACAUUUUAAGCGUUGACGGAAAAUAAGAGAUUUCCCUCCUCCACAAUAUUUCAUCCAUUCUUAUUUCGGGGUGUUUCACUUGACUUUCCAUUAUAUUCUGAGGUAUACACCAGAAUCUUUCUUCAGGAAACAGACUUGAUAAACCUCAUUUUCAGCUCCCUAUCACUGCAGAGAUAUAAUCUGAGUAGAAUGAUGCCGGCCUUGGAGGCAGCCUGUAACAAUGGAUCUGAAGUAUGCAUUACUGUGUAUUGUAUUAAUCCCCAUGAUAACACUUUUGGGUCACCUAUUUUCCAGCUGUUCGUUUUAUAUAGGAGAACGGAAAGGAAUAGGGAUACAGCCAACUAUUUUAGGAAGUAGAAUUGAAUGCGGAAGACGGG